AUGGCUAUAUCUCUUAGAUUUAAUCAUCACUUCCUCACAUCUCUUUUCAUAGCCAUAACACUAGCCACAGUCAAGUCAGUCCAUACAACAACAACAAAAACAAAUACAGAGUUCGUAAAAUCAUCAUGCACUUUCACAGCAUACCCAAGACUCUGCUUCGCUUCUCUCUUAACUCAAGCCAGUCUCAUCCAAACAAGCCCCAAGCUCAUGGCUCACGCGGCUCUCAACAUCACAUUAGCCUCGGCUAAAGCCACAUCAGCAAUGAUGGUACGUUUCUCGAGUAGUAGUCGGCUCAAGCCAAGAGAAGUCUCGGCCAUGAGAGACUAG